AUGGACAUACCGGCGACAACAAGGGAGCCCUCCGUGUUUCGCGCUGCUGAGCUCGCCCCCAUGACGCCGGGCGGAAGAGGCCCGUCCACCAGCCCCGCAUUUCCGCCCAAGGCCAAAUUUCGUGGGAAUUCCAACUCGGCGGCGAAGAAUCACCAAGCAAGCGGGAUCGAGAUCGCGGGGAAUGCGCACGCGGUCUUCGCCCAGUCCCCCGCGAUUCAGCCGCGCUGCUUCCCGCCGACGCUUAGCAUUCCGCCCCCCCCGCAGCUGUUCCCCCCCGGCUCCCCGUCCGCGGCUGGCGGAGCCCCGCACCUGCAGGCGCCCGGCACCCCCAGCGCGGGGAUGAUCCGCGCACCUUCCCACCGCUUCCCCGCGUCUUCGACCGUCAACACCGCCGGUACUUACGGCAGCGGCGGGAGCGGAUGGAGCGGCGGAGGUGGUGGAGCUCAACCCGCGGAGUCUAUGAAGCGGAAGCGCCCGCGGUUCGCGGAGGAGCAGCUGGCGCAUUUGGAAGCGCAUUUCGCGGUGGAGCAAGAGCUGACGCCGGCGAGCAAGAAGCAGCUGGCGGCGCGGCUCGGCGUGAAGCCGCGGCAGGUGUGCGUGUGGUUCCAGAACCGCAAAGUGCGGCAGCGAACGCGGGAGCGCGAGACGGAGCUGGAGGGUAUGCAAGCGGCGUAUACGAAGCUUCAGGCGACGUGCCGCGAGCUGCAAGACGACUACGAGCUUCUGAAAUCGGACUACCAGGAGCUGCUGCUGCAGAACACGCAGCUUUUUGACAUGAUGCAGGAAAUCGAGCAGCAGCUGGGGAACCCGCAGCUCCCACCCGCCGAUCGCCCCGUCACGUCGCGAUUCAACGACACCACCGGCGGCGGCUCUGCUCCGGACAACCAGCCUGCCGGCUCUGCGCAGUCGGACCGCGCCGGGCAGUCAAACCAAUCCGAGGAAGAAGUGGAAAUUCCGUCUGCCCGGCUCCAGCCCCUUCAUCAGCAGCAGCAGCAGCGGGGGCAGGAGCGGCAGCACCUAGCGGCGGCUGCGGCGGCGCCAGCGGGGGAGGCGGAGGAGGAAGAGGAGGACGAGGAGGACGAGGAGGAGGAGGAAGAGAAUGUGGAAGAAUUUGCGCCGUGUGCUUCUAACCUUGGGAACAAGGAGACCUGCUUCCCAACCCAGGAGUUUUACCCUACAGCGGCUGGGGAGGUUUCCGGUUUUACCCCCAGCUCCCCUUCUGGUAACCCGUUCCACAUUCACACCAAGAAUCAAGUCAAUCUGGUCAAGCCCCCUUCGUACCAGAGCAACUCGCCUGAUUCGUCCUUGGAUGAGAUCGGCGGCGCGCCGUUCGCGCUCCCCCCUCCUGCCUUCCCCAUUGGCGUUGCGUCGUCAUCCCCGGCCGUGCCCCAGCCUGCCCCCCCGCCGCUCUUUGAGCCCCUCGGAGCUUUCGCCAGCGCUGGUAACCGCGUCGCGAAUAUGAACGAAUUCGCCAUCGCAGAGGGGGAAUCUGAGCGAUUCGUCGCUUCCGCCAACCAGCAGGAGGGUCCCGAUCUCUACGACCUCUAUUCCCACACUCCCGCUAACGGCGGCGGCGGCGCCGGAUUUCUGGAUGGUUGGAUGGACGGCGACGCGCCCGCGAUGCAGCAAUCUGCCGGCUUACCGUUCGGCCUGACGGCAAAGGCUCCGGCGGACGCGGAGGCGGAGGAUGGGGAGAGCGAUUCCGAGGCUGCGAGGAGAACAGCAGUGCAUGGCGGGAAGAAUGCUGCGUUUGCCCCUCCGACUGGCGAGCUCGUCGAGAAUGGUGUGUAUGUAGGGGCUGCUCUUGACGGCUUCUCCUCAUGGAAUGAUGGGCUGCCUCAGCCGUGUAUGGAAGGCGCGGGAGAGGCGGAACGGCGAUGCUCGGGUGGGGAAUUCGUGGGCUCAAGGGAGAAUAUGAGCGGAAGCAUGAGGGGGAAUCAGGAGCCGUUCGAUCUCCUCGGAAGCAUGGAAGGCGCGAUGGGAGGGAUGGGGUGUGCCGAGGAUGGCGGCGCGGGCGCUGGUGUUGCUGCUGCGGACGACAUGGCUAGCAUGUGCGGGUUUGACAUGCACGCUUACGCGGCUUUCUGA